ACGGCACAUUUCGGCAUCUCUCGGCUGUUUUCCCUGAGGACUUUGUGAAAAAAAAGCAGAGAGUAACCCUUCCGAGGAGUUUUGAAAUAGACAGAGCCUCCAAGGGAUUGCACUAAGAAUAAAAAACAACUUUUUUUCCUGGACGGAAGCCUUUUCUGGCAGCACUCACCUGGGAAACUGAUAGAAACGACUGGCUGAAGGAAAACAGACGCAAGAGUUCUGUGACAGGCAGUAACUUAGGGAACAGGUAUCUGUCUUCGCAGUGUUUAGUGGGCAUGGCUGAAAGGAUACCUGUGACCUAGGAUCGAGACUACCACUUACCUUUCCACGCAUCGCGAUUAGUCUUCCUUUGUGGACGCUGCAGACUGGGUUGUAUCAGUAAUACUGCCUGGAAUGCUACUCUUGUAAACCUUCAGGCGCAGGAGAGAAAGGUGUCGCGUUUGUGGACUAAAAGUUUCAACACCUCUACUGCAGUGGAGUAAUGGCGACCGGUGGGUUUAAGUCUUCAGGAGGCACCGACUUUUUAGAGGAAUGGAAAGCAAAAAGGGAGAAGAUGCUGCGGGCUAAGAUGAACCAAAUGAAUAACGCGAAUGUCCCCAACAGUUCAGCAGGCAGUGUUAAUCCCAGUGGUAAUGGGGGAGCGCCUGUCGGGAGUGAGGUGAAUAAUAAUGCCAAUCCGGAUAGGGGGCUGACCGGUCCCGCAAACUGUGUGUCAUCAGUUACUUCGUCUUUGGCACGACCUCCUUCAUCAUCCUCUUUAUCUGUGAGGAGAAACGAAGAGGACGGGGAGCAGCUCAGACCAGCGGCAGACCUCGGGGGGAAAAAGACUGUGGAGAGUAGGAACCCUGCUGACAAUGAAAGUGGCAGCGAAUCGGUGGAUAAAGAGGGCUCCCCAGCAUCGGGGAAGGGGAAAGACAAAAAUAAAAGCUCGGGACCUAGUGCCAGAAAAGGAAAAAUAGAGAAGAGGAAACUACGGGAGAAAAGGAGAUCAACAGGUGUUGUGAGCCUUCCAUCUGCUGAGAGUCCUGAGGAGUAUGAUGAAGAUGAAGCUGAACUGAAGAAGAAGGAACAUAGCAUUACACAGCAGAAUACCUUACAGAAUGAGUCCGUUGUUAUAGAUCCAAGUGCUACCUAUUCAGUGCAGGACACCAAUAGGACAGCUGCAAGCAGAUUUAAAAGUGCAACAAAUGCCACAGAAGAGGAUUCCAUUGCAUCUAGUGGCCGAUAUAACCGAACAGAGAGGACAGGAUAUGCUCGAUACAGGGAUUCAAAUUCUGCUGGGUCUGCAGUGCAGACAAGUGCAUUAGAAAAGAAAAUAGAAGAAUUAGAAAGGGAACUUGUAAAGGAAAGACAAGAAACUUCAAGACUAGUAAAGGUGCUUCAGGACAAAGAUGAAAUAAUUGGAAAACUGAAAGAUGAAAUUGAGUUGCUAAAUCGAGAUUUGGAUGACAUAGAAGAUGAAAAUGAGCAACUGAAGCAAGAAAAUAAGACCCUAUUGAAGGUGGUCGGACAGCUAACAAGGUAGAAAAUCAAGCCUCCGCAGAAGAAACGGAUCAAAAACUACUGAUUUUAUUUUUAGUUUUGCAGAGUGACUAAAUCAAACCACUUGCUUUUGAGUCAGUAUAUUUCACAUUAUUUGCAACUUCUUUAUUUCAGAUUUGUUGCCAAACAGCUACGGUAUAUCACGGUGACACUGCUGUAUGUCUGACAGACUGCAUUAAUACAUUUUUAUCUAGGUUUAUUCUUGGAUGAAGACACACUGAAAAUCAGUUUGAGGUUUCUUUUCCCAGUAUUACAUACAUAGCUGUACUUUCAUGACACUAGCUAAAGCUUUUAUAAUAUUGUAAAAUAAAAAUAAUAAUGGCCUGUAGUGAAAAUGAAAGCAUUGUUUUGAUAGCUUUUUAAAUGGGAGUGCAUGACUGAUCCCUGAUAGAGAAAAUAAAAUAAUUGGUAUAGUCUAUGUUUACAUGGGUCUUUUAUGUGUUUUCAUGCUGUGUCAGUUAAGAGACCAGUUUUGUGUCGCAACAUUCCUUAACAGACAGCAGAAACUGACAAAAGAAAUAUUCUUAUUUACCACUAACAUCUUGUGGAAACUGAACUUAACAGAUGUACUUUAUUUUCCUAUAAAUAUGUAUUAAAUGUGGAGAAAUAGAAUGGUUUCAAAAAUCGUUUGCUGUUUUACUAGUUGUACAACUAGUUACUUGUAUAAGCUUUAGAAAGCUUGUGUACACAGCCAGUACUGUAUCUUCAGAUUUAGGCAAAUAGUAAUGCCCAUAAAGUUAGGCCUUUAGUAAGCAUAAUAUGCUGAUGCUUGAAGGCAUUUAUUUUCACCUACAAAUGAGCUUUUUCUUAAGAUUUAAAGCCUGGAGCUUUAAUAUUUGCAAGGAAAAAAAACAUGUUUAUGUAAAUGAGCACUAAGUACAUAUUGUCUUUAAAUAGUUUAUGAUAUAGUCAACAUCAUUGUGUCUAACUUUGGGUCAGGCAUGGUGGAGAAAAAAACAGAAAAAUAAGAGCAGAUCAUGUUUUAAAACAAUGCAUUCAGAAGAACUUUUAAAAUUAUGUUUAGACCUGGUUCAUCUUGCAUGCAUUUGGGUUUUUGUACUUCUGUUUCCAUUUUUGUUGCAGGGGCUACAUCUGAGUUUUGUUACUUGCAUCUUCAUUAAUAUCACCUAACAGUUACAGGGAAAUACAUCAUUCUGUAUGUCAUCUUGAUUAUUUCCAUAAAAGAAGACUGUGACAUCACAUGUAAGAAUUAUUAUCAAAUUUAAAAUGGUCCAUUAAUGUGCGGUCCUGUACUCUACAGGACGCGUAUUGUGUUUUUUAUCCAAAUUUUAAGUAAAGGAAUUCUUGACCCAUACAGAAUACACAUUGUAUGCCGAACUAUGUCUGAAUUGUGCAUUUUCAUAAGUUCUAAAGGGUUCCAUAGCUCUUUAAGUUAUAUUAACUCCAUCACUACAGAAAAAAGCUUCCUUUUAGAAAAGGGACACCAUAUAUAUAUAUAUAUAUAUAUUGUGACAAUGCAUAAUAACAAUAAAGUGUGGACUGUAUGAUGUUGUA